CCGAAGGACAGCAUCGCCUAACGCAACCUCUAUGGGAGAAAGAAAUCCAUGUCCAAGGUCUCUAUCACACAGCACUUGGAUCAAAUGAUGUCAUUGCCUUCCCAGUUGUUUUAACGUCAUUAGCCCUACAUGUUUUGCGUGGUGAGGAGAAACAAAAUACAGGAUUUCCUGUUCUGCUACCACUCUACUGGGCUGCAGAUGCCGGCAGGAUUCCAGUGCUCCGAGAACAUGUGGAAGUUUAAGGAGUCGCUGGGGCUGGGAUUGCUGCGGGAACUGGUAGGAAAUACAAGCAGAAAGCCUGUUCCUCCUGCUGUGUAGAAUGGAUGUCACCCCCCUGAAGGAUGGGACUCACAGGAAGAAACUCUUCACCUGCCUUAAUUGCCGCAUGAGUGAAGAGACUCAGCCAAGAUGGAGAGCAACGCAUCCUUUGGGAACUGUACCAACCCCCAGAUGUCCUUCCAAUCCACCCUGUAUGCCACCACAUACACCCUCAUUUUCAUCCCUGGCCUCCUGGCAAACAGCGCUGCCCUAUGGGUCCUGUGCCGCUUCAUCAGCAAGAAGAGCAAAGCCAUCAUUUUCAUGGUCAACUUGGCUGUGGCUGACCUGGCCCACGUCCUCUCACUGCCUUUACGGAUGUAUUACUACAUAAACCACAGCUGGCCAUUUGGAAGCUUUCUGUGCCAGGUGUGCUUCUACCUGAAGUAUCUCAACAUGUACGCCAGCAUCUGCUUCCUCACCUGCAUCAGCAUCCAGAGGUACCUGUUCCUUCUGCAUCCCUUCAAAGCCAAUGACUGGAAGCGGAGGUACGACGCAGCCAUCAGUGCUGCUGUCUGGCUCUUCGUUGGGGCAGGUUGCUUACCCCUGCUUGUAGUGAGGAGCCCAGCCUUGUCCAACAACAUUAACACAUGCUUCUCUGACCUGGGGGUGAAGCAGCUCAGCCCAGGAGCCUCCAUUGCACUGGUGACAGUAGCAGAGCUGUUUGGGUUUGUCAUCCCCUUGAGCAUCAUUGCCUGCUGCACUUGGAAGAUGUGGCAGUCCCUGCGGGAGGGCCCAACUCAGCUGCAGAACACCAGUGAGAAACAGAAGGCUUUGCGCAUGGUCUUGAUGUGUGCGGCUGUCUUCUUCAUCUGCUUCACCCCCUACCACAUCAACUUUCCCUUCUUCAUGAUGGUGAUAGAGAACAUCAUCCAGGACUGUGCUGUUCACAGGAGCACACUCCGCUUCCACCCCAUCUCCCUCUGCUUGGCGAGCCUCAACUGCUGCCUGGAUCCUGUCCUCUACUACUUCAUGACCUCCGAGUUCCAGGACCAUCUGUUUCACCACAGCUGUGUCACCCUAAGGGCUUGGUUCACACGCCGAGGGAACCUCUCCAUCGCUGACACCAGCCAUGACAUCCGUAUGAAGAGAAACCUUCCACGCCUCAAGGUUAUGUCUCUUCCCAAGUUCUUUGGCCGAAUAAACAGCAUGGAGAUCCCUGCCAUGCCACCCGAUGAGCUUCUGCUGGAGUCCAUCUCUUGAAGAGCAUAAGCCACUUUCUGUCCCUGUAGGUGCUCCUCAUAGCUCGAGUGAAGAUUGUGUUAGGUCUCCAAAUAUGCCAUUACCCUUGUGAGCAACAGACGGAAGGACCUGACCUAGAAGGACAUUUUGAUGCAAAAGACUUGCUGGUUGAGUUGUUGCCGCUGGGACUGUUUGUCUUACAUAGUUCUCUGUUGUGAUGUUGAAGUACCUAAACCAGUUGUCACGAUGCCAGUAGUCCUGUGCUGAACUGCAGCCAGGUUCAGAUCCUUCGCUUCUCUUGUUUGAAUGCUUCUACAUAUUUGUCAUGUUCGAUGAUCCUUCUGAAUCCUGAGGUGUAAGCAGGCAGCUCAGACUCAGGAAGCUCAGCCAUGAAGCACUGGGGUUGUUUUGGACCCCCCUCUCAAUGGCUUGAAGCUCUCAAUGGCUUGAAGCAUCCUCCAUGCUCACGUGAGGCUCUAGAUCAGGACAGUUCAUUAUGUCCAUGUAGACUGAACCUCUUCUCAUUGCAAAAAACCCAAUCACCUGGACCUAAUCUAGACUGAAACACUAUAACUUUAUCAACAUGUAUCAAGCAAAGAUUAACCUAUGUCCACAUCAGUGUUGAAGGGAGUUUUCUAACAAACUGGGCUCAGUUCCCAAUACUGAAAGGCACCCAGAGCCAUGCAAAGGAGUCACCUGGCCCUUGGGAGCUAUGGGAUGCUCAAGUAACUAUGAGGGGGUGAAUACUUGGAAGACAGACAGCAACUGGAUAUCCCAUGGAAAAGGAGGAAGGAUGAAGACGUCUCCCAGAGGACAUUUACAUGCAGAGACCCAAGGCAUGCCACAGAAGGGAGGAACAGUAGUUGGUGUUGCCAUGUCUUGUGUUGUUAUUAGGAGUCUUGUGUUACUUGGCAUUUUGCUAGAGCCUGUGGUUGCAGAUUAAGAUGCUAUCCAAGCCUCUCAGUUUUGCUUUAAGAAACAAAAUAGGUCCCAACCUUCACUGGGUACUGAGAAACGUUUACAAAGCGGAUCCAACUGCAUCCUUAAAGCUUCAAACUCGGGGGGAAAUAAAAUGAUCUCAACACA